GUUGGCUAGCAGGUGAACGUUUUCAAGGGGAGCCACAGUGUGACUCAGGCGAUGUGGACUUUUUGUACUUAAUUAGUUUAUUUCAGAAAAGUGACAGGUGUAGUAGAAGUGGCGGGGAUGUGGGAAAAACGCAAUGGGAAACGUUUUCGCCAGAAAAGGAUGUUCAAGUCGAGUAACAGAGCAGGACCUGGCUAUCUUGCAAUUAAAACAGCAGCGAGAUAAACUGAAGCAGUACCAGAGAAAACUCACCGUUCAGCUGGAGAAAGAGAGGCUUCUAGCCAAGCAACUGCUGAAGAAUGGGAAAAAAGAAAGAGCUCUUCUGCUGCUCAAAAAAAAGCGCUACCAGGAUCAGCUCCUGGACAAGACUGAGACCCAGAUAAACAACCUAGAGCGCAUGGCCCAAGACCUUGAAUUUGCUCAGAUUGAAGUAAAGUUCUUAGAAGGUCUGAAGGUCGGCAAUGACUGCCUAAAGAAAAUGCAUGAGGCUCUUUCUAUUGAGGAGGUAGAGAGAAUAAUGGAGGAGACACAGGAUGCCAUCGAAUAUCAGAAGCAAAUCGAUGAGAUGGUGGCAGGCUCUCUGAGUCAGGAGGAUGAGGAGGCUGUGCUGGCAGAGCUAGAGGCCAUCACUCAGGAUGAAGAUGAAUUUGAGCUUCCUGAAGUGCCCACUGAGCCCUUGCCUGUAGUGGAUGAGCUAAAGGAAAGAGAACCAGCUAAGGCGAAGCAGGACGGAGAGAUUCUGUUGGCAUAGUAGCCGAUGGUCUUGUGAUACGGAUUGAUCACAUGUUAAUCAGCCUCUUAUAUAAAAAGCAGAGCACGCUCUAAACACACUGUUUCCUUUCAGCUCUUCCCAUGACUUUUCUUAAAAACUGAGUCAAACACGUAACCACUGCAUGUACUGGCAUUGUGAUGAAGGAAAAAUUGAUCUGAUUUGAAGAGAACCAAUGAGCUCAAAAGGAUCGCCACCAUUAAACACAUGACCGCAAAUUGGCUUGAUCUGACUGCCAUAAUUAAGAUCAUUGGGGACGUUUAUAUUACAUUACAUCUUCUUGUGUGGUUGGUAUUGGAUAAGAAAUGAAAUAGACAAGCAUUACACAGUCUUGAGAUUUAGUUUUUUGAAGUUAGAACCAUGAAAUGAAGGAACUUUCAAUGAUCUCGCACAACAUGCUAUUCUUACUGUAAGUUACCAUGUGAAACUGACAUUUUAUUGAAGUA